AUGGGGUCCCUCAGCAUUCCAUACCCAGACAAAGGGUACGAGCCGGCGUGGUUCACGCCCACGGCGCGAUCAAACUUCUGCGAGGAGGAUUAUCUCAUGACGCCGUACAUUGCCGAAAUCGUCAACACCACUACCAACAUCUCUUAUGUGAUCUACGCAUAUUACGGCGUCCGCCGUCUCUUCCGCAGCAACAAUCCUCACGCCGCUCUCCUCAGUCUUCCAUACCUCGGCCUCGCUGCUGUAGGCAUCUUGUCCGCAUGGUUCCACGCGACACUGACCUAUGUGGGUCAGAUGGCUGAUGACGUCUCCAUGAUCCUCGCCACAUCGCUGGUCCUGCACCGCGCCUUCUCGCACGGCCGCUCCGCCCAGUGGACGCGCAACACGGGCGUCGGGCUCACGGUCGGCUUCGUCGUCUUCGCCGCCUACCACGCCUGGACGGACGAGCUGCUCGUGCACUUCCUGCUGUUCCUCACCAUGACGUCGGCGGUGGGGUUGAAGACGCGGGCGUUGAUCAGGGGCUUGGAGCAGGCGAAGCAUGAGGAUGAGGUGCGGAGGUUGAAGCAGUUGGCUUGGCUGGGAUUCGUUUGCUCGGCCGUCGGGUACGCGCUGUGGAAUGUCGAUCAACACCUCUGUGGUCACCUGACCGCUGUGAAGAGGGCGGUGGGCUUGCCUGGAGGGGUCUUCCUCGAGUUGCAUGGAUGGUGGCACAUCCUGACGGCAAUUGGCGCGUAUGUGUUCAUGGCGUUGGUCGAGGUUUUGACGACCGAGGAGGCGGGUGAGAAGGGCGAGAAGGCGCGUUUCGCGUGGCCGGUGGAUACGUAUCUGAGGAACGGGGAGGAGAAGAAGCGGAACUGA